UACCUAGAAUCGCGUAUAGCUGCGGCAACGCAAGGAAGUAGGGGAAACCUCGAGGGAAGUGAGAAACGUCGGGCGUCGCGAUGCCAGAUUGAGUCGUGCCGGUACCUCUGAAGACGUCGCACCUUGAGGAAUAUCCCGAAAAUUUACUUAGAAAAAUAAACACCAAACUCGACAGCGAAGAUGUCCAGGCCGAUUUUGAGCAGGCCGCGUACCCGCGUCUACGGAUGCAACUAUGACAAGGGGGAGUCAUACUACAAGCCAAUGGUCGACCACCUCGAUCGGAAAUACAGCGGACGACCCCUUUUCUCCGAAGCAAGGUCUUCUCUCGCAGAUGAGAUCGCCGCGCGCCGAAGCGACAUCGGUUCUCGCGACCUUGCUGGUUCCUGCAGCGACACCUUCGGACGCGACGUUGACCUUGAUACCGAAUUUCGUCCCCGGGCCCGACCCUCGAACGACUUCUUUGCCGAAGACGAAGACACCGUGUUCGACAGUCAUGGACAGAGGUCACGUCGCUCCACCACCGGCGAUAAUUUCGCAAACGAGGUCCAAGCCACGACUCGUCGUUUCAAGGCUCGCGUUGCCGCCCUCGGUUACGACGAGGACCUGGAAAACAACGUGCGCCCUAAAUACGAGCCCGGCGCCAAGCUAUUCGAUUCCUUCGGCGCGACUAUCAAGUCGGAAACGGAGAGGGCCAGGUCGGCGAUCGAAGACGCAGAGUCCGCAUUUAAACGUCGAUCGAGGUUCGCCGGCGAGGAAGUUACCGAGGAAAGGCCGGCGAUGACCAAGUGGUCCAAGUUGUCGGGAAUCGAGGAUGACCUCCCCAGCGCAGCCGCCAACCGAGCUAAACAAACAAGGGCAAGGCUGAAUGACCUCGAGACGGAGAUGGAGGAAAUUGCCGACAGGCAAGCGAAGCGCGAGCAGCGUAGCGCUGCUUUACGAGCGUUUGUUAACGAGAAUGCGGCCGCGAGUGAAAACGUUGCCUCCUUCAAUAUCAAGAAGGUCUCCGUUCGCUCCGAGAGGGCCGAUAGGUCCGAUAAACACGUUUCUUUUUGAAAAACGCGUUAUUUCGUCGUAACAUUUCGAAUCGCCGGCUUGUACCGUGCAGGCUCCACGAGUCCUUUCGAUCUAUCUGUAAGCACGAUCGAUCUUGUGGGAUAUCAAUGAUAAAUAAACAUCUGGAACAAAUUGCAUGCCAGUUUCUACCAUAUUUCCUUCCCGCAAUAUCAUCACCAAGCAUACCGAGAAUCCCUGCACCUCCGGUCGCUGUGUCGUUUCUCUCAAUGUUUACGUGUAAUUCUUAUCUCUUUUCUCGAAUGUACCAUUCAUUAUGCCAACUGUGAAUAAAUUACCGUUACUCUGUU